CGUCAAAACGAACAAAAUCGCGAAACGCCGAUGUGAAAAAAACGGAGUGCAAAAAGUAAACCGCCUUUAUUCCGGUCAGCGUUACUAUCUUUUCCAUGCAUUUUUGUGCCCGAUAAUUGCAAUCUGGGUAAAAUCGUGUAAAUCCGUAUUCUAAAUCGGCGGUUCGUUUAGUGAAUACAGUUUUUUUUCUCAAGUGCUCGCGCUACCCACAGAAAAUCAUGUCAACCCGCACCCGCCGUGCCGCUACCAAAGCGCCGAUCGUGAUUAUGUCCGACACGGACUCGGAACCAGAGGAAAGUGAUCCGGAAGGUAUCUUCUCCAGUCCGGACGUGAAACCGAAAGCUAAACGUGCCAUCAAGCGUUCCGCCGAUAGCGACGACGAUUCCGAUUUCGAUGAAAGUAAGCUGAGAGAACAUAAACCACCUGCCAAGCGGAGAGCUUCCGGAAAGGCAGCAGAAAGUCCAGCGAAAAAACCAAAAGCUGAACCUAAACCGAGAAAACCACGGGAGCCGAAGGCUCCGAAGGAACCCAAGGCACCGAAGGUGCCAAAAGAACCGAAGGCGCCUAAAGCGCCGAAGCCACCGAAAGAGCCUAAAGCGCCGAAGGUACCGAAAGAGCCUAAAGUGCCGAAGGCACCGAAAGAACCCAAAGCACCUAGAGCGCCAAAGGCACCCAAAGAACCGAAGGCAGCUGCUGCUAAGCGAGGCGGUCGGAAGAAAGCUGUCGCUCAAACUGAGUCUGUCGGAGAGUCGAAUGUUGCUAUUGAGCAGCAGAAUGAUGUUAAGCAUGAAGCUCAGAAUCAGCUUGACGAUUCCGACAUACAAAUUGUGGUUCCUGAUCUUCCGCCGCAGGAAGAAAAUAAACCUGUUGUAUCUAAGAUGGAAGCGAAAGAAGAAACCGAUUCCCGACCAAAGUAUAAAAAGCGUGUCAGUAUGACCGUCCGGGACCAGUGGGAUGAUUUCGAGCUGUUGUCUGAAAUGCAAAAUAUUGAUCGGAACGUAGCACGCAACAUUAUUCGGUUGUUCGAGGAAGAAAAUACGAUUCCGUUUAUGUGUCGCUAUCGGAGGGAACUGAUUGGCGAUAUGACACCGGACGAUCUUCGUGACGUGAAACUGGCCUACAAUCAGAUUCUGGCCAUUAAAGCAAAAGCGGAUACUAUCAUUAAGAAUCUCGAGAAAGAGGACAAACUUACCGAGGAUAUUAAACUGGAUCUGAUGUCGGCGAAAAGCGUGGACGAGUUGGAACACAUGUACGCACCGUUUAAACCGGCCAACAAGGGCUCGUUGGCAGAUCGGGCGAAGGCACUUGGGUUGGAUACGUUUGCGGAGGGUAUUUUGAUUGGAAGUCUGCCGACAAUUGAUUUGCCUGAUUUGGUGAAGCCGGAGAUCGAAGGGUUGGAGACGAUAGAGAAGGUAGAGGAAGGAAUUAAACAUUUGAUGGCGCAUAAUUUCAGUAAGAAUACAGCCGUGUUGGAAGAAAUUCGUAGAAUCAUUACGAAGUAUGACAUCAUGCUCAACUCCAGUCAGAUUACGAAACCACGUGGGCGGGACAAGCCAGAAUCGAACAACAACGGUGACACGCCACCUUCGGCUGCACCCGGCGGUAAAAGUGGCAUUGCCGCCCUUAAAAGAAUCCCGAAAAAGGUGGACGAAUUCAAGUUUGAGCACUACUUCAGUUUUACCUGUGCCACUAAAUAUCUACGGCCGCAUCAGAUUAUGGCCCUGAAUCGAGGGGAAAAUCAAAAAGUGCUCAGUAUUAAGCUCCAGUUCAAGCACCAGGUGAAGGGCGAUUUGUACUGGUUCCUGAAGCGGGAAUAUCUGCAGGACGGCAUGCAGUCCAAGAAGCGCACGGAACUAUUCGAGCAGUCGUUUGACGAAGCGUUUUCUAAGAAACUGAUUCCUCUAAUGACACGCACUGUUCGCUCCGAACUUACGAAACGGGCCGAGAAGGGAUCGGUGGAGGUAUUUGCCAACAAUCUGAAACAACUGCUGCUAACGGGACCGGUCAAAGGGGAGAAAAUUCUUGGCAUCGAUCCGGGUUUCAGCAAUGGCUGCAAGCUUGCACUUAUCUCCGAGUGUGGAGAUUUGCUGGACACGGCUACCGUCUAUCCGCACAUCGGAGGAGAACGUUCCAAGGUAGCCCCGGGAAUUAUUGCCAACAUGAUGAACAAACUAAACUGCAAUCUGAUUGCAUUGGGGAAUGGAACCGCUUGCCGGGAGACGGAAUCGAUGCUGUCCUAUAUGUUGGAAGAGGGAAUUCUAGACAAGCGAUGGGUCCGGUACUGUAUCGUACCGGAACAGGGGGCUUCGAUCUACUCCUGCAGUGAGAUUGCCAAAAAAGAAUUUCCCAAGAUGGACGUGAAUUUGAUCAGUGCCGUUUCAAUCGCCCGUCGCCUGCAGGAUCCACUCUGCGAGUACGUUAAAAUUGAACCGCGCCAUCUUGGCGUAGGAAUGUAUCAACAUGACCUGAACGAGAAAACGCUCUCGGAAACCCUCGACGAGGUGGUAAUGGAAUGUGUAAGUUUCGUUGGCGUUGACAUCAACACAGCCUCCGUCAGUUUGCUCAGUCACGUAGCCGGUUUGACGGCCAAACGGGCUGAACACAUUGUGUCCCACCGGACCCGUAAUGGUCCCUUCCGCAGUCGUGAUCAACUGCUCAAAGUAAAAUUCAUUGGUGACAAAACGUACACUCAGUGUGCUGGAUUUAUUCGAAUCGAACCGUUGACCGCUGGAAUCCGAGAGUACAAUCUGCUAGAUUCGACCUGGGUUCAUCCGGAAAGUUACGAGCUUGCGGAGAACAUAAUUAAAAAGGCAGGUCAGUCGAACAAAGACAUCGGUCGGGCAGAUUUCAUCCUAGCUAUUCGAGAUUUCGCCUACCGAACACCGAUGAAUGCGCUGAUGAGCAUGUUUAGUCAACCGGCCGAACGAAUUGAUUGCGUGCUAACGGCCCUACAGCGGGAUCUGCUGAGAGAUUAUCGAGCCGACGUCAACAAACCGCCAAUGUUCAAGAAGGGGCUGACGUCGAUGGCGGACCUGGCGGAAGGAACUGUCCUCACCGGAGCGGUUAACAAUGUGACCGAUUUCGGGGCGUUUGUCGACAUUGGAGUUGAGACUAAUGGACUGAUUCAUCGAAGCAAGAUGAACGGGAAACGAGUGAACAUUGGCGACAGAGUAGAAGUGACCGUGCUUUCGAUCGACGUCGCCAAAGGUCGGCUUGGUUUAAAGCUGGAGCAAAUACUGUAAGCAGACGAUGGGUGGGGAAGCCCUGAUUCUGUAAAAGUUUCAAAUAGUACAUACUCUUGUAGUUUUAGAUGGUUCCAACUCACGACUCACAGUAAUACAAAUAUGUCGAAAUGUUAUUUUCGAUUAA